AUGAAUUCUGUGAUCAACCAUUCCAACCUCAAGCACCUUUGCCUGCAUGCCAUCGAAGAGACUGACCAAGAGAGAAAAACUCUGAGUUUGGAGGAGAUAGAAGGCUUGGAUCACCAUUGUCCAAAUCUCACGAGCUUGGAACUAGAUAUAAACCCGAAUGGCACAUGGCCAAACGACACGAUGGAGGCUUUAGCAACGAGAUUUGAAAAUCUUCGCGAAUUAACAAUUCAUGUCGGACUAGGAAUAUCAAACGCAAUAAAAAACGCGCAGAACGGAUAUCCAUUGACGAAGGCUUUUAAAUCGGUAUUGACCGAGGAAAUCGCAAGAGCCUCUGCAAAACGAUUCCUCGAAUGCAGAGGGCUGUCAGAAUUGAAGAAAAUCACGUUGAAAACCGGCGAAGAUCUGCGAUGGUUCCCACAAUGGCAUCCCGGAUACGCUGAUGCGGAAGAGGAGUGCUCGAGGAUCUUUGAGAUAGAUGCGCGUCUGAGACAGGAUGGUGGGAUCAGCCUCGAGGAGAAAGAAAGUACCCGGGCUAGUCUGUAUAAUCAUUUGAGCCGGAGAUGGCAAUAUAGCUUUCCACAAAAUGCGGCCCCUCCUGCGCAAAUCAGUACUGCGCCACGGGUGCUUCAAGCACCGGCUUUCAGUGCAGGCUCAACUUGA